UCUUCAGUCCUGAAGGAGGGAGACUUGGCAUCUGGUGUAUACAUUUAUAUACAUACACAAAAGAUAAAUGCAUGUUUGUAUUAUAUAUGAAGACUUAGCUUGGUGAUUUGGAGAUUUAUUUUGCUAAUAAAUGCUAGCUGGAAUAUUUGUUCUAUAAGGACUCUGGGGCUACUGCAGGAAAAAACCCCACCAUUUCCUCACCUCUUCCCAAUGCUCAGCUAAAGCUAUUCAGGGGGAACUGAGACAAGGACACUCCUGACAAACUCACACUAGACUUCUUGACCUUGAUUGUGGCAAAAGUUUUUUAAUUUAUCAUUGAGCCCAUAACUGGCUUCUAGAAGGGCUUCUCAGUGGUGGCUUUUUUACCAUAAAUAAGAAAAAUGAUCUGUCUUAGCAACUUCCAGUCAGUUUCUUCUGUGAAUAGUUCCUGGAUUUUACAUAAGAACUACUUCUUUGCUAGAGUUCUUUUGGACUAGAAAGAACAACUGCUGUGGUAGCCAAAUGAGCUGUGAAACUUUGCAGGGUUCCCCAUGGAACAUCUUGUUAAUAGCUUCCUUUCCAUUUUGUAUCAGACAUUAGACUUUACUGAAACCAGGAAUGCACACCUCAACUUACUAGGAAAUGUUGACCAUGCCAGUGCUGCUGAUGAGCCAGUUGAGAAGGAGCUGAGAGGAGUUAGAUGCAACAUAUUUUCUAAUAUUUUAUUUUCUCCAUUUUUUUUCUUUUCCAUGAGCACUGCAACCUUUUUGUGACAGAGAAACCAUUUAAUUACCCCAGCAAUCCAGGAUUUGUGACUUUCAAUACAUCCUUUGGCUACUUUGGCAUUUUCACUUGUGCAGACAUACUCUACCAUGACCCAGCUGUGGUCUUGGCAAGCAGAUUCCAGCUUGACACCAUUCUGUUCCUAACUGCUUGCAUGAACACCCUUGCACUGUUGUCAACCGUACAGUUUCACUCAAUGUGGGCCUUGGGAAUGGGGGUCAACUUCCUUUCAGCAAAUACAACUCCACUUUAGGUAUGACAGGUGAUAUGACAAUGCUCUAAUUGAUCCUCGUUCUCAUGAGCAACAUUUGUAUCUGUGUAGUGCAGCUGACCUGAGCAGAAAUUCCCAUCAGCUUUAAGCAUGCAUACUCAUGUCAGCAGGACUAGGACAUGAGAACUUGUAAGGUUCUUGAUAUAAAGGAAAUAAAAAUGUGCCAAGUAAGAACUUGGAAAUUCUUAAGUUGACUACAACGCCUCUAGUCUUUGUUAAAUAAUCAGUCCUGGGAGUUAUUAAUGAGUAUUAUUCUUCAUCUUCUGACCCUGGUGUUUUAUUGGUGUUUUGGUCAUGUAAAGACCCAAACUUCAUUUUCUCCACUAGAUGGAACCCUAACUCUGAGAAAUGUUCUUGUGAGUUCUCCAAAUAGUACUUCUGGGCAGGAGACUUUGAGUGUCACAUUUUCUUUGUAGGCUUUGUUUUCACUGUAUAUUUUUGCUGAGCAGAUGCUAGAAGUCAAGCACCAAUUUUUUUUGUGCAUGUGUUUGCAGAAUUGAGAGAAACGUACUACUAAAAUGUAGCUCUAAACUUUGCCAUCCAAAUAAAAGAACAUGUGAGCCAUUCCUUUAGUUCUCAGUUGAUGACCCUAUGUCAUACAACUCAUAUACUUUAUGAAUAGGUUUUACUCUGGGCUUUAAAGAUGUCUCUGCCAUCCCUUUAUGUAAAGCAUUUGCAUAAAGAUGUGAAUUUUGGUAAUAUCUUUUCCUUACAGAACUUUUUGACUGGACAGUGUUACCACCCAGAGCCGGGACUGUGCCAGCAGGUGUUGGGAAAGGGGAGGAAACAGCUGGAGCAAGUGGGACACGCAGGCACUGUGAGGAUGUGGGCCCUGCAGACUGCACUUCUUAGGCAAGUGGACUGGAUUCCUUUGUGUUUCCCAGCUAAGAUUUCUAUGUCUGCCUAACUCUGUUGUUUGUUCUGCAGGUUUACCUUGAAGUACAAACGUUGUUUAUACUUAAUCUGACCUACCUAAUUUUAAAAAUACAGACUUGUAGGAUGCAAAAGACUUUGGUGGUUUUUAACAAGGGAAUGUCUUAAAAAAUAAGUUUGUAUUCUGUGAAAGUAUCAACCUGAAACCCUCUACAAUUAAUGCAGUAGAAGUAACGGGAAACAUUCUACUGUUCGGGGAGGAAAAGCACUGUAUCUUUAAAAGUCUACCUGCGCGCUAGGAAAAGCCGUCCUGUUACGGCACAAGGAACAUCAACUACGUGCUGUUGGCAGAAGAGAGCGCCUUCUGACCUCCUGACUCCCGCUCACGUGUGCUCAGUGCUCGGCAGUGAUUGCGUGGCUGCCGAGUGACCUUGCACACAGCCUCCUCCAGGCAAGCUUAACCCUUGGAGUGCGCAGCACGCUUCCCCACGCUCUCCUCUCGCUAAGCUCAAGAAAAGCAGCCGGAGCGCAGACUGACGACAGACUCCCUCUACAGCUAAGCUGAUUUAGCACCAAAUUGCAUCCUGCCUCGCAAAUGGAGCUGGGAGGCUGCAGCUCUAGGAGCUGGGUGGCUGCAGCCAUGCUCCCUUCCCAGGCUCUCCUGCCUGCUGUGGUGUUUGCACUCACAGCCCUUCAGGCCCUUGCCUCCGACACCUUCCUGGCAGCCGUCUACGAGCACGCCGUCACCCUGCCACAUCCCACCGAGGAGCCCGUUCCUCCCAGCGAGGCUUUGGCCCUGAUGAACAAAAACAUGGAUGUCUUGGAAGGGGCCAUCAGGGAAGCUGCCCGGCAGGGUGCCCACAUCAUUGUGACCCCUGAAGAUGGCAUCUAUGGCUGGCGAUUCACAAGAGAAUCCAUCUACCCCUACCUGGAGGAUAUCCCUGAUCCGGUGGUGAAUUGGAUUCCCUGCACAGACCCCUCAAGAUUUGGUCCAGCACCAGUGCAGGAACGACUCAGCUGCAUGGCCAGAAAUAACUCCAUCUAUGUGGUUGCAAAUAUUGGGGACAAGAAGCCGUGUGACUCCAGCAAUCCCAGCUGCCCCAGCGAUGGUCGCUACCACUACAAUACGGAUGUCGUCUUUGACACGCAGGGGAAACUGGUGGCUCGGUACCAUAAGUACAAUCUGUUUAGAGGUGAAACUCAGUUUAAUUAUCCAAAAGAGCCAGAAGCUGUCACCUUUGAGACUCCUUUUGGGAAGUUUGGCAUUUUCACUUGCUUUGACAUCCUUUUCUUUGAGCCUGCCGUGGUCCUGGUGAACAAGAUGCAGGUGGACACCGUGCUCUUCCCAACAGCUUGGAUGAAUGUCCUGCCCUUUCUGACUGCAAUCGAGUUUCACUCUGCCUGGGCUAUGGGCAUGGGUGUUAAUUUACUUUCAGCAAAUACUCACAACACCAGCAUGGCAAUGACUGGCAGUGGGCUGUUCACACCAGAAGGACCUGCUGCCUACCACUACGACAGUGCCACCGAGGAGGGACGUCUCCUGCUAGCAGAGUUGAGUGCACACCCCCGUCUUUCCCCCACCUACCCUCCCUCCACCAACUGGAGUUUGUAUGCCACAAGCAUCAAGAAAUUCCCUGGAGAAAAUGACACUUUCUCGGGAACUGUCCGGAGGGAUGUGUUCACUUUCAGAGAACUCAGGCACAAGGAUGGAAAUUACACUGUCUGCCAAGGAGACCUUUGCUGUCAUCUGAUCUACCAGAUGUCAAACAAGAGGAGACAUGAAAUUUAUGUCCUGGGUGCAUUUGAUGGGCUUCAUGGUUCUCUCAUAAAAUACCAUUGGCAGAUCUGCACUCUGCUCAAGUGCCCCAGCACAAACCUGAGCACAUGUGGGCAGCCCGUGGAGACGGCUCAGACCAAGUUUGAGAUGUUCUCCCUCAGCGGCACGUUUGGCACCAGCUACGUCUUCCCAGAAGUGUUGUACAGCGGGGUGCAGCUGGCCCCCGGGGAGUUCGAGGUGCUCCGUGACGGGCGUUUGAAAAGCAAGCAUGGCACGUCGAAACCGCUCAUAACAGCGACACUUUUUGGAAGGCUUUAUGAGAAGGACCAGCCACAUCCUCUGCGAAUUUCCCUGUAAAGUGUCUACUUAGGAGUUAGGAGUUACACUCACCAGAGACAGGAGGGGAGUUUCCUCCUGAGCCAUAGCAGUUAUCUUGUAUGAUUCUUCUUCUGCAAUAUUACACUUCUGCUCAGCACCUGUAGCAGCUAGGCUUAUUUGGGGGAAAGUGAUGUGUUCACCCUGCUGUGCAUGCCUUUUUAACAGUGCUUGAACUUGUGCAAUUAUUUUUUAGUAUGCAUGAUCUGUCACAUGAACCUUUUAAUCAGAAUUCUUUUUCCCAUUUUCCAGAAUUCUAUUUCUCAAAAUACCAUAUAGAUUGCUAGGAUUGCAGUAGAAAGAAGACUGAUACCAAAGUCUAUGAAAUGUGGUUUGUCAUUUUAUUGGAGAAUAAAUUCUCUCCAAGAAAGCCUUUCUGUCCCUUUUGCCUCCUCCUUUUUUUUGCAGACUGUAUAAUCAUUAAGUCUCUGCAUUUUUCAGCCUUACAGACUAAUCAAGAGGGUCUCCUUAACACAAGCCUUGGCUCCAUUCUGACCAAAGUACUGUACAAUAAGGAGAAAAACUAGAUUUGAAGUGAUCUUAGGUGCAAUCUCAGAGAGAGAAAGUGGUCCUCCACAACCCACCCAGGUGUUUUGUCUGGUUAAGGUUAUAAAGCAAAUCCAGUUCUGCAGUCCCUCUGAUCUUCCACCUCUUGGUACACGGCAGAUGGGUGCUGGGUUCAGUGCACUUUACAUCCAACUUACCAUAUAAACACAGUACUCCAACACCUUCUCCUGGGUAUAUGAAUAAUUUCUUCAAAACUGUUAAGAUAUAUGAAAUAGGCAAUCUUUUAGCACCUGAAACACAUUUCACCCUUUAGCAUGAGAAAUGGGCCUUAUUUUGGAUUUCUAGCAAUGAUAUAUCAAACUUGGCAGCCCUGGGCCUCAUUUCUGCAUAUCAUGUUAUUAAGCAAAUGAGCUUUGUUUGCAUCCAAUAUGCCUUGGAUUGGUCUCUGCCUGCACACUUAUCCCAUAGCAUUUUGCAUCUACUGCCAUUCUUGGAGCCUGCACCAAGGUUAGCACUGAGCUGUGCUAAAUGUGGCAUGUAAGAAACACUCUGUGACUUCCCACCCC